GUGCGCGCUGCAUGAUGUCAUUCAAAAACGCGCCAAUGGUCUCAUAGGCGACUUGGACAUUCGCGUUUUCCCAUUUUCCUCCUGAACAUUCAUCGCCAAGCGGCCAAGCAGCGUGCCAGAAAGAUGCGUUGGAGCUAGGCCCUAUCUUUUUGUAAAAGCCGCUAAGUUUUUAUACAACUUAUUUUAAAUGUGAUUGUUUUUAAAUAUAUCAUGCAUAAAACCAUGGAAUUUUUGCCUUUUCAAAGACUUCUGAAGAAACAUUUUAUUGUCUGUUGUGUAUUUCUUAGUUAUUUCUUUGGAUAUGUGAAGCUGCAAGAAGAACAAAAACUAUUAGUAUUGACAGUGGCUACUGAAGACACAGAUGGUUUUAAAAGAUUUAUGAGAUCUGCAAAAACGUAUGGAAUCAAUGUUGAGGUUCUUGGAAUGGAUGAAGAAUGGAAAGGCGGAAAUAUCCGACUAUAUUCUGGGGGUGGACAUAAAGUAAAUUUAUUAAAAGCUGCUAUGGAUAAAUAUUAUGACGAUAAGAACUUAAUCAUUAUGUUUGUUGAUAGCUAUGACGUUAUUUUUAUGGCCGGUCCUGAUGAAAUCAUAAAGAAAUUUAAUAAAUCUAAAGCAAAAGUCCUGUUUUCUGCUGAAGGAUUCUGCUGGCCAGAUGCUUCACUUGCUGAAAAGUACCCAAAAGUUGAAAAAGGAAAAAGAUUUUUAAAUUCAGGAGCGUGUCCUGACUUCUCUUAUACAGGUUUUCUGGGCUAUGCUUCAUAUGUUAAUGAAAUAAUUACAAGUUCUUCUCUAAAGGAUGAGGAGGAUGAUCAGCUGUUUUACACUAAAAUCUAUUUAGCUGAUGACCUAAGGAAAAAGUGGUCGAUUAAGUUAGAUCAUAAAGCUGAAAUCUUCCAAAAUUUAAAUGGAGCUGUUGGAGAUGUUGAGCUAAGAUUCUCAGACACUGACAGCUAUUUGCACAACACAGCAUAUGCCACCAAUCCUUUAGUUGUUCAUGGUAAUGGUGCUAGUAAAGUUGCUUUGAAUUCUCUCGGCAAUUACUUAGCUAAAUCGUGGGUGCCCAAGAAAGGAUGCAUUAGUUGUUUUGAAGACACAAUCAAACUAGAAACUUUUAAAGUGAAAGCAAAACCUCAUGUUAUCGUUGGAAUAUUUGUGGAACACCCAACACCAUUCUUCAAAGAAUUCUUAGAAAGGAUUCUGUUGCUCGAUUAUCCAAAAGAAAGAAUGGAUCUCUUUAUCCAUUGUGGUACUGAAUAUCACAAAAAAGAUCUUGAUUCUUUCCUAGUGAAUCAUCAGCACAAGUACAACAAGGUUACUUAUUUAAAACUGGAAAAUGAUUAUAAAGAGUGGCAUGCCAGAAACUUAGGAUUGGAAGAAUGCACCAAAACAAAUUGUGAUUACUUUUUUGCUAUAGAUUCAAAUGCACAGUUAACAAAUCCAGAUGCUUUACGCCUUCUAAUAGAACAAAAUAGACGAAUAAUAGCACCCUUAUUAGUGAGACCCAAUAGAUUGUGGUCCAAUUUUUGGGGAUCUCUUUCUACGGAUGGGUUUUAUGCCCGCUCUGUUGAUUAUGUUGAUAUUGUGAAGAAAAAGAGGAAGGGGGUUUGGAAUGUGCCCUACAUCAAUCACGCUUACCUUAUUCAUGGAUCAUUGUUGAGAGAUACAGAAAACUAUCCUUCAUAUAUUCAUGGGCUGUUUGAUCCUGAUAUGGCUUUCUGUAAAAAUUUGCGUGAUAAGGGUAUAUUUAUGUACAUUUCAAAUCUUCAUGACUUUGGUCAUCUUAUUAACAGUGAAACGUUUGACACUAGCCAUCUACAUAAUGAUCUGUAUGAAAUUUACACAAAUCAAGUGGAUUGGGAACAUCGGUACAUUCAUGAAAAUUAUUCAAAAGUUUUAGAUCAAACCCAUGAAGUAGCAAUGCCUUGCCCAGAUGUAUAUUGGUUUCCUGUUGUUACUCCCAUAUUCUGCAAACACCUCAUUGACACUAUGGAGGAGUUUGGACAGUGGUCUGAUGGAUCAAACAAAGACCCACGUCUUGCCGGAGGUUAUGAAAAUGUUCCUACCCGUGACAUACAUAUGAAUCAAGUCGGGUUUGAGCAGCAUUGGUUGUAUUUCCUUAGAGAGUACAUAAGACCAAUGCAAGAAAAAAUAUUCAUCGGAUAUACACACGAUCCACCAAAAGCACUGAUGAACUUUGUAGUUCGCUACAGACCAGAUGAACAGCCUUCACUUCGUCCACACCACGAUUCCUCAACUUAUACUAUCAAUAUUGCAUUAAACAGGCCAAAAAUCGAUUAUGAGGGUGGUGGUUGUCGGUUUAUUCGAUACAACUGCAGUGUGACUGAUUUAAGGCUGGGUUGGACCCUCAUGCAUCCUGGUCGUUUAACUCAUUACCACGAAGGUUUGAAGGUCACAAAUGGUACUCGGUACAUCAUGAUAUCUUUCGUUGAUCCUUGAGUAAAAAGAAUGAUGAACAUUGGACUUGAUUGCAGCUAUCAUUAAACCAUUGCAAUAAAUAAUCUAUUUAAAAAAGUUAUUUUUUGUGUAAACGAAGAGAUUCCUAUUUUAAUAGAUUUGCUUGUAUUGUCUUGUAUGUGAGAGAAUGUUGUUUAGCAAAAAUGUGCAAUUUUGGGUUUUUUCCCUAAUUUUUUUCUACUUAAAUACUUUUUUUUAAAGAAAAAAAAGACAAAUAAAUAAAUGUGCCUUAUGUGUAUCAAGUAUACUGUCACGCUUGUGUUUAAAUUGUUGAGUUUAGGCACACAUUUAAAAAAAAGAAUCUGUAAAAAAAAUAAGCAUUAAAAAAUAGCACAGAGGUAAUUUGAUUUCAGUUUUAUGCUAUAGUUACUAAAUUACAGAAAAAUUAUCAAUUACUGAAGAUCAAUUACUGAAUUACUGUCGAUUAUUUUAAAGAAAAUGUAUUUGAGAAUACAAAAACUUUGUAACCCUAGGAAUAUUUUUAAAAUUUUUAGUACUUCGUUCUCUUUUUUUUAAAUAAAAUGCCUGCCUUUUAUUUUAAACAUUAUAUUUCUAAUAAUUUAUGCAUUGUCCAAAAAGUAAAUAAGGAAAAAUUCACUAGCUUCAUUAACUUUAAAUUUUGAGAAAAAAAAUUACCAUGUUUCUAAUUUUUGUUAAUUAUUAUUAUAAUCAAAUGCUCAUAGCAUAAUAUCAAUACUAAGGAAAUAAUCAUUGUAUUUUUUUUUUUGGCAAGAUGGUUAAAACAAGAUAAAACUGGCAAUUAUCAAAACUUUCCAACUUGUCCAAUUAUAUUCUUUUAAAGUGCUUAAAAAUAUCUUUUGAAUGCUUAAAAGGUGCUUAUUUUUUGUUGAAUAAUUUGUAAAAAAAUUUGAAAAAAAUUAUUUGGUUUUUAAACAUUUAUUUUAGCUAUCUUAUUGCUUUUAUGAGAAGAACAUUUACUUUGUUUUCUUUUAAUUUAUCGAUUUAUUUUUUUAUACAAAUAUCUGUUUUAAAAACUGAACUCUAAAAUUUUGGGUUUUGUCCCCAAAAUUUCUUUCCUUUAUUGAACCAUUGUUUCUGCAUAUUUUUUAAUAUCUAUAUUUUGUCAUUAUUACUCACAGAAGGUAUUAAAUAGUGCUGAUCAGUAUCAGAAUUUUUAUAUAGCGAUACAUCGCCUGAAGAUAUUAUUUCAUAAUACAUCAUGACAUUCUUCCACUUUCAUUAAUUAGUCAAUAUUUUCCAUCAAAUGAAAUUUAUCAACCACAUCCGAUAACAAUGCCUAUUGAUAAUAGGUUAAAUAUUUUAGUAUUUAAUACCUAACGUUAUCAGUAAUGAUCGAAAUAUUAUCGUAUUAAAUUUUCAUAGCCAUCGAUUACAUUGUCCAUACUAUUAUAUGCAAUAUCUAUCGUAGACGAUAAUGAUUGCAUUAUUAUCUCGGAGAAAAUUUAUUGUAUGUUCAAUAUUUAUUGUAAAACAUAGUAUGUUUGCAAUCACGAUAUAUCGCUAGAAUUCUUUUUACAAUAUUGUUAAGACGAACAAUAUUUCUCAGCUCUGGUAUUAAGUGAAAACAGCACAAUACCUUUUUCGAAUGAUUGUGUCAAAUUUUUAUAAUUAACAUGUUUAGUUUGCAUUUCAACGUACUUAAUUAUACAUUCUUUGUGUAUUUAUUUUUACAUUAUCUGUUUUAAUUAUUGUAAGCUUUAAUUAGAAUAGGAUUUAAAAAAUUUUGUUGACAUUUGUAAACAAGACUUUAAACUUGGUCACAAAUAAUUUAGUUUUAAUUAUUUUGUAAAUUUUUCAUUCCUUAAAGGUGAUAUUUUGCUUUCUUUUCUACUCUGUUUAUUCUGAUGGAUGUUUGUUAGAUAUAGAUGCAUUUUAUUCUUCAUUAAAAUGUAAUUUCAGUAAAAUCUCAAUCAACUGGGAUGAUACCUCCCUCUAAACAGAAAGAAAAAAAAGAGGCUAAUGGGAAAAUUUGCAGGUCAACUGCAUUCUCUUUUGCUCGUUCUACUGUAUUAGACUCAAUAUCUGACCUUUAGUCUACUUAACACAUUGACCAUUUAGGCAAGCCAAUCCCCGUCAGGACUAGCUCACCACUUGAAAGCAUUCAUAUUGUGGUAUAGCAGUGCGAAACGCAGUCUUAACAGACUAAAAUCAAUAAAAAAAAUUGUAAUAAAAAUAAAGUACAUUUUUAAAAAAAUUUCAGCCAUUACUUGUAAUGUUUAUGUUGAAUUUUAUUUUAUACUUUACUCUGUCGGUCACCAGUGACUGAACGGAAAGUUCAGUUCACUAAACGAAAGUUCAGUUUCAGUCAACAAUGAUAUGACAUUUAACAUGUUUAGUUUUUUUUCUUCCCUAAGGAAGUUCACAAAACGGAAAGUUCAUUGUCAGUCAAUAAUAAUUGAUGUGGCAUUUAACGCGUUAAAUUUCUUUCAUUACUAUAAUUACAAAUCUAAAUAUGCUAUUUUUUUGUUUCCCUAAAUUUUAAUCGGUAUUAUUUAAAUCAAUAUUUUCUUAUUGAAUAAUAAUUUUAAAUUUUCUAUUGUCUUUUUUAACAAUAUUAAUCAAAAUUUGUAUGAAUUCGAUUAUCUCGAGCAAGACUUGUCUUGACCAUCCUUAUAAAGUGAGAGAUUACUAUAAUAUGUACAUAUUAAAUUUGCGCUGCUCUUAAAAUUCUUGUAGCUAUUGAGUUUUUAAUUUUGUACAUUUCUGGCAAAAAAAUUAUAUCAAUAAACAUAUUUGUCAGACUUUGUUUAGGGUUUCUUUUCAUUAUUAAUAUCAUACUCUGCUGCUUUAUUUUAAUAAAUCAACAUUUAUAUAUUUUAUUAAAAACGAUUUAUUCGUUUAAUAGCUAUAAUUAAAAGUUUAUGAUUAUGCUAAACUUUCUAUUAAUAGAUUUUUUUCAUUACAUACUUAAUGUGUUUAAAUAAAGCUUAAUACUAAUUUGAUUAUUUUAGUUUUUUAUGGUUAUUUCCUGAAUUCAUUAAUCUUUAAAUGCUACUUUUAAAGAUUUUAUUGUAUAUUUCAUAUAGUAUGUUACAUUUAAGUAUAAUUUAAAAGAUUUGUUAAAAAUUAUUUAAACUCUAAUUUUUCGUUAUUAUUAUUUUUAUCAUUUUUUAGUCUUAUUAACAUAUGCUGAAAGAUUAUGCAAAUGCUAAUUUGAUUGUCAUGGUGCUUUUUUAACAAUAUAUCAGAAGAAUCAAUUAAUUUAAAAUUGAAAAUGUUUUUGAUAAGUUGUAUGUAAUGUGCAUUUGCAUAUUGUUUGUGCAAAAAUUAUAUUGUAUAGAUAAUUUCUUACUGUAAUUAUCUGAAUGCCAAACUUGCAUUAAAAAUUUUACCAGUUAUUUCAAA